UCGGAGUUUCAGGUGAAUGGGUCACGGAGGGAGGAGGCCGGCCACGCCACACCUUGUCGCUCGUGCCCACCUCCCGCCCCCUCCUUCCUCAGGCGACGGCGGUGGAGGUGAAGGAGAGCGGUCCAGGGCACGAAGGAGCAGCCGGCCCCGGGCGCAGCAGGUUUGCUUAUCUUAGGAGCCUGAAGUCUUGCUCCUCAUAAACAUCAGGUGACCAGUGACAUCAGCCAUGUCUGUGAGGCCUUUUGAAAGUCCACCUCCUUACCGACCUGACGAAUUCAAACCCAAUCAUUAUGCACCAAGCAAUGAUGUGUAUGGUGGGGAAAUGCACGUUCGGCCAAUGCUCUCCCAGCCAGCAUACUCCUUUUACCCAGAAGAUGAAAUUCUUCACUUCUACAAAUGGACAUCACCUCCAGGAGUGAUUCGGAUCCUGUCUAUGCUCAUUAUUGUGAUGUGCAUCGCCAUAUUUGCCUGUGUGGCUUCCACACUUGCUUGGGACAGAGGCUAUGGAACUGGCAUCUUUGGAGGUAGCCUAGGCUACCCUUAUGGAGGAAGUGGCUUUGGUGGCUAUGGAAGUGGCUAUGGCUAUGGUUAUGGCUAUGGUUAUGGCUAUGGAGGGUAUACAGAUCCAAGAGCAGCCAAAGGUUUCCUGUUGGCCAUGGCAGCCUUUUGCUUCAUUGCCUCCUUGGUAAUAUUUGUUACCAGUGUUGUAAGAGCCGGAAUGUCUAGAACAAGAAGAUAUUACUUGAUUGUGAUCAUAGUCAGCGUUAUCCUGGGCAUCAUGGUGUUUAUUGCAACCAUCGUGUAUAUAAUGGGAGUCAACCCAACUGCCCAGGCUUCUGGAUCUAUGUACGGUUCACAAAUAUACGCCCUCUGCAGUCAGUUCUACACUGGAGCUACUGGACUCUACGUGGAUCAGUAUUUGUAUCACUACUGUGUGGUGGAUCCCCAGGAGGCUAUAGCCAUUGUCCUGGGCUUCAUGAUUAUCGUGGCUUUUGCUUUAAUCGUUUUUUUUGCUGUGAAAACCCGAAGGAAGAUGGACCGGUAUGACAAAUCCAAUAUUCUGUGGGAUAAAGAACAUGUGUAUGACGAGCAGCCCCCCAAUGUGGAAGAGUGGGUUAAAAAUGUGUCCGCAGGCACACAAGACAUGCCUCCACCACCAUCCGACUAUGCGGAGAGAGUUGACAGUCCGAUGGCCUACUCCGCCAACGGCAAAGUGAAUGACAAGCGGUCAUACCCAGAGUCUUUCUAUAAGUCAACACCAUUGGUGCCGGAAGUGGCUCAGGAGCUCCCUCUGACUUCGCCUGUGGAGGACUUCAGACAGCCUCGCUACAGCAGCAGCGGUCACCCAGAGACACCUUCCAAAAGGGCUCCCACCAAGGGAAGAGCGGGAAGGGCGAAGAGAACCGAGCCGGACCACUACGAGACAGACUACACGACAGGCGGCGAGUCCUGCGACGAGCUGGAGGAGGACUGGGUCAGGGAAUAUCCACCUAUCACUUCAGAUCAACAAAGGCAACUCUACAAAAGGAAUUUUGACACAGGUCUGCAGGAGUACAAGAGUUUACAGGCUGAACUCGACGAGGUCAAUAAAGAGCUCUCCCGCCUAGACAGAGAACUGGAUGACUACAGAGAAGAAAGUGAAGAGUAUAUGGCUGCCGCUGAUGAAUAUAAUAGACUAAAGCAGGUUAAAGGAUCUGCAGAUUAUAAAAGUAAGAGGAAUUACUGCAAGCAGUUGAAGAGCAAGUUGUCGCACAUCAAGAGGAUGGUUGGGGACUAUGACAGACGGAAAACUUAGGCAGCUGCCCCGCUGCUGGAGAAGUGAGGCACAUCUGUCUGUCUGCCUGAUGUCGCUGCAGUUCUCUCCAGAGGCAAAGUGACUUUGGACUCUAGUCUGGGAAGUUAAACUUUGUGAUCAUUACAAAGUUUCCAUAGCUUUAAUUCCGUCAGUUUCACAUCAUCAGUAUUGAAACAUUUUAUAAAUGGCUUUUAUAAUCCACUGGGCUGAACACUCCAGUUGUGAAUUUUACACUUUCAAUGUGGAUUUCUGUAUUAAGAAUGACAUGUUGUUUGAGGUUUUAAAUUUAAAGGCAUGUCCCGGGGUGGACUGUGUUGUGAACUUUCACAUGCCAGACAAUGAUUUUUUAAUACCCAGGUGUGUUCCUCCAGGUAGAGGCCAUCUUAUUAAUCAUCUCAACAGCCCUUCAGGUGACUUAUUUAUAAUCCCUUUUCAGGUAAGGAAAUUGGGUCCCUGCCAUGAUAUCUCUGCAGUGAAACUGCUUGCUUCCCAAAGGCAGUUCUGGCUAAGUCUGUUUAUUACUCUGCAAAUAAUAGCAUUCCCACCUUUUGUAUUUCCAUUACUGUGCACAGUACAUUCUAAAGACCCCCUUCCCUACUGAUUUUCUUCUUAUAUUGACUUUAACAUAAAUGAUUAGGAUUAUUUUGGCUUCACAUCACUUUUCCUGAUACUUAAGAUCAUGUAAAAUUAACAAAUGUGUAAAGUUUAAAAAUUGUAAAUAUAUAUUUACUUUUGAAAGAUCAUUUUAAAUCCAGGGUUAGAGUUCUGUGUAUUUUUACAGUGCUUUUUAUCUUUGAUAGUUUACAUGCUUUUUGUUGUUGUUGUUGAUCUUUUCACUGUAUCAGAGUAUCCAAUUACAUUUUUAAUGAUGACUUGAAUUGUAUUUCACAGGAAUGUUCAAGUUCUGUACAUAUUUUGUAAGGUAUUAAACCUAGCGUUCUCUUUCUAAAA